GCAGCAACUGGUAGCGAUGCCGAGAUACUGGUGGGCCGUCAUGUUCGUCGUGGCCGUUGUGAUACUGAUGAUCAUGGCCUUCGUGCUCGUCCUGUCGCUGUACCAGAGCGUGAGGGAGCGAGAGAUGCCCGAGUUCUACCAGGGAGCCGAGCUGGUGCACCGCCACAUCUGGCUCUCGCAGAAAGGAAAAUACUACGAAUAAUAUUGCGCCUGCCCCUGGGCCGACCCGGAGAAGCUGCGCGCUGCGGCUCACUCCAGGGUCCAGGGGCACGUCGCUCCCAUGCCAGGCCUCCGCCCCAUCCAGGGCCCUCGGCCGAGCUUCUCCAGGAGUCGGGUUCCUCCCCCGACGAUCACUCUCGGGAGCAAGAGCCAGUCCUUGGGCGACCUCCUGGACGCGCGCCCUCGCCUGCAGCCGCCCGUGAGUCCGGGAGCGAAGAGCCACUCGUUCCUGGACUCGGAGGCCGGCUUCCACCCCGACUUCCAGGAGCAGAUCUCGCCCGGGUUCCGAGGCCACCAGCGGAGGCCGAGCUACACCAGGUUCCAGUACCCCGCCGGACCGAGAUACAGCAGCGAGCACCUGAGGGACCCUGGACCCAGGAGCCCUUCCAGGAUCCCGAGGCCCGUCACGGCAGCGCCUCCUCGGGGGCAGUACCACCUCCACGACGAACAGGGACCCAGAAGUCCUUCCAGGAUCCCAGUGCCGAUCCACGCAGGACCUCCCAAGAGCCCGCCCACUUUCCAGGGCCGGUCGACCCGUUCUAAGUCCCUGGAAGGAUCUCUGGCGCAAGGGUUCUCGGAGGCGGCCGUACUGCAGGAAGACCCUCCGGGAUUCAGCCUCUCGAGAAGUCCUAAAAUAUCCUGGAUUCUGAACGACCAGGAGGUUCGCGAGGCGCGCUGCUAAGAGCUCGGAGCCAGCCAGGGUCAUGCUCGGGGCAGGAACUUCAUCUCUUACGCUGUAGUUGUGACUGAUUGGUCUUGAAUCACAUGUACUCUUGCUUAAAGAUCUGACUUCACAUCUAAAGACUUCGCCAACAUUGACACAUUCAUAGGCCUAGACAACAGAAAGAACUUGUAUACACAGAAUCCUGAAGACAACCUCCACCAAGAUAUAAUCUCCAUUUCUCUACCUUUCUAAAAUUUCUACAGAAACACCAAAUGUUAUAUUUUUUAGCGCUUCUCCAGGUUGUAAAAUAUAAUUUUCAUGCACAAAAAUGUGUUGCCACAAUUUUUUUUCAGGACAAUAAGCAAAUAUUCGAUUGAGGUCGCCAUAACGAGUGCCAUAAAACGGUUUAACGUACACGCAGGAAGGGUUAGGAAAAGGGAAAGGAAUAAUGAAAUUCCCUUUUCCUGGUAAACACAGCUUGGUAAUAGUUAUUUGUCAGUUAAUAAACGUAUGGGUAGAAUAGAAUGUCAUACUAUUUGUAUUAAAAGAUUAAUUUUGUAAAUAAUAAUAGCUAUAUGAACUCUUCUAAUUACUGCGUCUAUUGGAAUAGAAGUAAUAAAAAUGUAAACCAAAAGGAUCUGCAGUAGUUUGUGCUUCAGGUGAAAACGUUUUCUAUAAUACAUUAUAAGGAUAACUGUAAUAGUUCCUCAUGU